AAAAAAUUGCGUUUGUCCAAACAGGACUCCGUACUUACUGACGUCAGCAACCAGGAGAAAACAUGGCGGCCGUUCUGGCAAGGAGGGUGUCCGGGGUGUUGAGACCGCUGUCUGCCUCUUUGUGCACCAGGACACCAUCUCUCCGUCAGCUCUCCUGCCUCAUCCAGCCUCCACCUCUCUACUGCUCCGCCGCAGCCGCUGUCUGCGCUCCUCUGCGGGCCGCAGCAUGUCCGACGCCCCGCUACAACAUCCUGCACCGGGUAUCUGCACUUAUUCCCAGUCUGACUCAACAGCCAAGCAGAAGUCUGACUUAUGUCAGUCUGAACAAGGGGAAGAGGAAGACUAUCAGGGCUGUGACUCAAAGGUUCAUGAGGCUGCACUGUGGCCUUUGGAUUAGACGCAAGGCUGGAUACAAGAAGAAACUGUGGAAGAAGUUACCUGCCAGACGAAAGCGCCUUAGGGAGCACGUAUUCUGUAACAAAUCACAGAGCAAACUUUUUGAUAAAAUGACAUGCUCUUACUGGAAGAGGAGGAACUGGUACGUAGAUGAUCCGUACCUGAAGUACCACGAUCGGGUCAACCUCAAUGUGUAAUUUGCUGAUUCAUGUAGUGACAUCUUGUUUUCCAUUUGAAUAUUAUGUAAUGUUAUAUGUAAUAAAAUCAUCUGAAAGAA